AUGGCCCUUAUCGCUGCGAUCGGGGCGCAGCUGGCGUGGGAAGAAGCUGGGGCGGGCGGGAGAGUUGGGCCUGGAGAGGUGGUGCUCAGCGGGGCGAUUUUAGAAAGGGGCGAGCUGGAAGGUUUGGCGAUUCUGGUAGGGGACGAGCUGGGCAGUUUCGUCUGCCAGGUGCAGCUAGGAGAGCUGGACCUUGGGAGCCGACGUCAGGAAGAUGGGUGUGGCAUGAAGAUGGGCGACAGGCCUAGGAACAAGGAAAAGGUGAAGAGGCUGGUGAGUUUUCUGAGGAAAAUGGGGGUGCUUCCAAGCUGGAGAAAGGCACUGAUGGGGAAAUGGCAUUGGGGGUCGCUGAGGGCAGGGAUGGAGGUGAUGCUGCUAAGAAGGGUGGUGCCGAUUAAGUGUAAUUGGGAGUUGAAGGAGCUUGGGGAAGACGAGUUUCUUACCCAAUUUCCUUCCAAGGCUGAGCUGUUACGUUCAAUAGCAUAUGGGGGAGCGGAUGCAAUGGGGGAAGGAGUGCCUGAUGGUAUUAGAAUGCAGUUUGAAGAGUGGAAGGAAAAAGAAGAGGGCUUCCUGCUACCUAAGGUGUGGGUGAGGGUGAGAUGCAUCAGAAAACAGCUUCGUGAGUUCCCUAUCCUAUGGGCGGUGGGAUCUCUGUUAGGUGCAACGCAGACCGUGGAUAUGGAGACCACGAGGAAGAAUGAGUUUGGACGCAUUUUAGUUGCGGUGCUUGAUCCUAAGCUGAUUCCGAGGAUGCUAGAUGUGGUGAUUGGAGAUCAUUAUUUUGACUUGGAGUUCGAAGUGGAGAAGAGGGGUUUUGAUGAGAAAGGAGAGGAGGUUGAGGUUGAAUGGGAUGGAGGGGAAGGCGAGGGAGAUGGAGAGGGGAAGAGCCAGGGUCAGAACACUGAAGAUGGACUGAAUAAUGAUCAACAGAAGCUGAGAAAUAACAAGCGCUCCAAAGGGAGCGAUGGGGAGGAAAAUAGGAGGGAUGCCCGGUCGGAGAAUAAUGUUCCUAUUGAUGGACAUGUUCUCAGUAAGGAGGAAUUUGAGGAAUUCCUUAGUUGGAAGGCCAGUAAGAUACUCGAUGUAGUGGUGGAUGAGGUUUUGGAGGACCUAGCUGAUAAAGUGGUCAAAGAACCGGAUGAGUUCAUGGAGGGGAAUACUGAUAACCUUGGAUUGGUUAAGGUUAAUCCAGAGGAGAUGGAUGCUGGAGGGGUUCCAAUGGAAGUGGAAGGAAGUGCUGCAGUUCCAGAGGUUAAGGAGUUGGGUGAAGAUGCAAAAGUGAUUACUAAUGAAGAAAGGGAAAAUAGUUGCUCGGUGAUGGAUGUGGUUCAACCUGCUGGUACGAAGCUAGUAGGAGCUGCAUUAAUCAAGGAGGUGGUCCAUUCUCCGACAAGGGCAAGUCCGAGGCUUGCUGGAGUGCUGGCUGAGCACACUCUGGGGUGGGCGGAGCGAUUAAUGCAGUCCAAAAAGCUGGAACGCAACAAAGGUAAUUACCAGGCUGACCAUUCUUGUUCUAUACCUCUUUCAAUUGCGAUAGACAAUUUGUGGGCUUUAGGAUUAGGGACGGGAACUAUAAAUGGGGAUUCUUUUGAGUGCAGUGUUAAGAACCUAGUUGAGGAUGCGUUAGCUAGUGAACAACCAGGUUCGGUACUGGGAGAAGGGGAAGAGGAUUGCUCGGACAAUGAAUCUGUCUACUCAGAUAGUUAUGAGAAGAAAGCAUUAGAGUUUUUAUGUGGAGAUGUAAUGGAAGAAAUUUUCGACGAAGAUAGUUAUCACCUAAGUAGUGAUUUUAGGACUGUUCAACGGAAGCCUGGCGCUAAGUCGUCAAGGAAUAAGGCUUCAAGGAAAUUAAAGGUUAAGAUAAAUAAUAUUGGUAAAAAAUGA